AUGAUGUUAAGGAAAUGCAAAGACAUCGUAGACAAGGGUUGGCAUCGAGCCGAUGGCUGCAUCAAGGCCAGCAGCAGCGCGCCGUUCAGCAGCUACGAGGGCCCCGACGUGGCUGCUGAAGAAUUCGCCUAUUGGGUGUUGGCUGAGGAAGGCCGGGCAGCAGAGUUUUCUACAGAAGAUGAGGCGAAGCCCAAGGAGGGGACUGGGGAGCCGCAGGCCUCGCCCAUUGGAACAGUGGUCCACGCAUGGGUCCACCAGGGCAGCGCGGGGGCGCUGCUGCUAGCGCAGCUGGCGCAGCAGCGGCAGUAG